GAGAAGCGAUUGGCACUGACUAUGACAGCAUCGGGUGUGUUAGUUUCCCUCGCAGCAUAUUUUCCGAUAGUUUUUGGUCAGUUUCAGUAUGGUUCUUAUUCAGGUGAAACUCAAGAAAUCGUCCCCUGCUACGGACAAGAGAUGACCAAUGGUUCAAUCCAUAUUGGAAGAAUACAGUACACUUCAGAACAAAUUUACAACAAUGAUCAGAUUUACGAGGGAACGUCCAGCAACCUGGAUUGCUCGUUUAACAGCCACAUUGCAAGUGACACAGUAGGGUUUGGACCGCGUCCCUACACAUGGACUAUUGACAGGAUUGAUCUUGUCUCCUCAGGUGGUGUGGAUUGCCUGGGCGGUGGAGUUGGGUAUCCAUGGUACAGGUUCAGACUUUACGGCCGGGUAUAUAUCGAGUACCAAGCAACCAUAUGGAUAACCUGGAGGGGACCUUCUGCUGAAGACAUGACCAAUCCUGCAUACCUGAUCCAAUGUGUCUUCGAGGAUACCAAUCAGCUGGCCUAUCCAGCCAACCCCAUCCUUUACUGAAUCAUCUAUAGUGUUAGGAAUUACUGUUUAUUUUAUAUUUACAAUUUAUGAGAAAUAUGUUACCAUUCUACACUUGUAUCCAACAAAGUUGUAAGAAGCUGCAGAUACUACGAAAUAGAAGGUAAUUUUACUGUGUCUUAAAACGUUUCAACAUAAAUCAAUAGAUUUAAUUCACCAAUGAGAACACUUCGGAUGGCACUCAAUUUUUGUUGGAUAAAACA